UUCUUUUCUACCCUUUUUUCAUUUUUUGUUAUAUAUAUUAUAUAUUCUUCUCGAUUAGAUUCUCUCGGAAUUCAAAACCCUAACUAUCGACGUGCAUUCAUCCGCAUUUAACCCCAGCCAUGGGAAUCAUGAACAAUGAAGAAGAGAAAAGGUGUCCUCUUUGUGCUGAGGAGAUGGACUGGACGGAUCAGCAAUUCAAGCCUUGCAAAUGUGGUUACCAGGUUUGUGUGUGGUGUUGGCAUCAUAUAAUGGACAUGGCAGAGAAAGAUGAGACAGAGGGUCGUUGUCCUGCAUGUCGAUCAAUUUAUGAAAAGGAAAAAGUAGUUGCAAUGCAAACAAAUUUUGAAAGGGUAACGAGCUGCCAUGCAAAUGGGAAAAACAAACCACCAAAGGCAAAACCUAAAACUAUUGAAGUGAAGAAGGAUCUUACAAAUGUUAGGGUCAUUCAACGGAAAAUGGCAUAUGUUAUUGGGCUGCCUCUUAGUCUUGCUGAUGAAGAUCUGCUGCAGCGAAAACAGUAUUUUGGUCAGUAUGGAAAAGUUACCAAGGUGUCUCUAUCCCGGACUGCUGGUGGUGCAGUUCAGCAAUUCGUUAAUGAUUCCUGUAGUGUAUAUAUUACAUAUUCGAAAGAGGAGGAAGCUGUGAGAUGUAUUCAGUCAGUACAUGGUUUUAUCCUGGAUGGUAGGUAUUUGAGAGCUUCAUUUGGAACUGCAAAAUAUUGCCAUGCCUGGUUGAGAAACAUGCCUUGCAAUAACUCCUCCUGUCUAUAUUUACAUUGCCUUGGUGCUGAUGAAGAUAGUUUUGGUAAAGAUGAGACAGCUGCAAUUCAUACUAGGAACAGGGUUCAACAAAUUACUGGUAACACAAAUAAUAUGAUACGGCGUUCAGGAAAUGUAUUGCCCCCUCCAGUGGAUGAAUUUUCCAAUACUGGGAGUCUUUCUACAGAGAAGCCUCCUGCUCAAAAUGCUCCUUGUAAUUCAACUAGUGGUAGUUUAAGUUCCAGCAGCGGCCACAUGUCUCACUCGCUCUGUAGUAAUGAUAGUGAUGGAUAUGCUGGUGGACCCAAAAGAGGGACAACUUUUGUGGAUAUUGUUGGUAGGUCUAAUAUCUCUGAACCAGAGAAAGAUGGAAAUAGUAGUCAAAAUUGGAAGAAUUUGAAUUUAUGCUUGGAUACAUCAGGAACAUCCAUCAAUAGAGAUGAUCUCAGUCAGGAUGCAUAUUCAGAUAUUGUGCACUUCAAUGUUUCAUCUUCUAGUCACCUGCAAAGAGAUCAAAGUUCUGUAGAGUUCUCAGAUGAAACAUUUAGAGAAGACUUAAUAUCUUCAGAUGGUCAGGGAUCCCAGGAUUCAAAUGGUUUGUAUCAACGGACAUCUUUUCUUGUUCCAUCUCAUUCUGAAAACUUUAGAGAGAGCACUGGUGGUAAUUUGUUAUUGCAUAAGGGGACUUGUAGCUCAAGUAAUAUUGGCAUGGAUAUGCACAAAGCUGUACAUAAGCAAGAGGAUGAAGCUUCUUUACCAUUGUCUUGUGUGAAUAUGGUAUUAAAUGAUGGAUACCACGAUAUGAAAUUUCAAAGAUCUGCCAAAUCAGAUAUGGUUUAUAGAAGUUCUAACUCAUUCUCCAAUGAAGAAAUUGUUGAGCACUUGCGGAGAAUUGAGGAUGAUAUCUUGACUAAUGAUGUAGAAAGUUCUGCUUUUGGUACUAUAGAAAACAGUAUAAUCUCAAAUAUCAUGUCAAUGAAUUUUGAUGAUGAGGCUGAUGGUCAUCAUUCUUCCUCCUGGAAUUCUCUUAAUACUGGUCAGUCAAGACUCUCAUUCACAAAUCAAGAUGGCAUUCCAAGUCAUGGGGUUGACUUGGAGUCUUUCAGAAAUUUUAGUCAGUUAUCAAAACAAUGUUCUGCUGCUGACUAUGAAGGAAACAAGGAGCACUACCUUUCUAAGCCACAGUAUCAAGUGCCAAGAACUCGAAGUUUGGCUCCACCUGGAUUCUCAGUAUCCUCUUUACAUACACCUCCAGGGUUUUGUGCAUGUGAUGGAGCAGGUUGUUUUCAUCGUGGUAUCUCUGGAAGUGACAGCAGUGGUGGCAAUGCUGCUGAUUUUGUUGACCCUGCGAUAUUAAGCUUUGUUAAGGGCACACCAAUUAACAGUGUGAACACCACAGGAUUAGAGAUGGGGAGAGCUUUUACUCCACAGCAGAGAACCCUGGAGGAUGAGGCAAGACUCUGGCUUCUGAUGCAGCAAAAAUCUGCAGAGCAAGACAGUACAAGGCUAUCUCAAAUGUUUGCCCCUCCAGCUCCAACCACCACCCACCAGGAUCUAAGGUUCCUUGGUCGGGGUGGAAACGAGUACUCUGGCGUGGACAACAUGUAUGGGUUUUCUUCAAGGCUGGUGGAUCAAUCCCAAAACUUAGAUCCUUCUUCCUUGGCAGAUUUGUCUCAGCAGAAAUUUGUAGGCGGCGGGGGCGGGGGGCAUAUUUCUUCUCGCGGGUACCAGCAUCAGCAUGGUUUGGAUGAAAUCCAGUGCAGGAAUGAAGCGGGCAUAGGUGGAGAGGUAGAGAGAAAUCAGAGAUUUGGUGUAAACUACUUUGGUGGGGGUUAUGGCGAUUUGAGGUUCCAGGCGCCAAGCUCAGGCGAUGUAUACACCCGAGUAUUUGGGAUGUAAGUGAGAUUACUUACUUAGUAGUAAAACAAACAUAUAUGAUGCCGGUUAUGUGGCAAGAAAGGCAUGUUGUUAGCCUCCUAUGAAUGAUGAAUCAUCUUCUGCGGGUAAAUGUAAUGCUUGUUUCUUGGAUUGCA